CUCCUUUCACAAAGCAACCUUUACUAAGGUUAACCUUAUCUCUAAGGUUGGCAUUUAAGGUAACCUUAAAAAAAAGUUACGCCCGUUUCACGAAACAACCUUACGCCAACCUUAUCUCUGACGGAUUUUACGCCGCAACUUUAGCUAAGGUUGGAACUCUUCUGUGUUGAAGUAAGGGAUUUUCCGUAGUUACGCCGCAGAGUGAUCUCCCUUGCUCGCAUCUGCAGACGACUUAUUGCAGCCUUACAUUACGUGAUGUCACAGCAGUCUGGUGAUAGUAAUAACCCGAAGAAACGGGCGAGACAGACAAACUUCUCCCCGUAUGAACUGUCCAUCAUUGCUGAUGAAGUGAAGCUCAGGAGUCAUGUCCUGUUUUCAUUCUUCUCCAGCACCGUCACAAAUCAUUCGAAGAUGAAGGAGUGGGAUGCUAUCGCAUCUAAGUUAAAUGCAAAUUCCACUGUCCCAAGGAGUAGCCUACAGGUCCGCAAAAAGUGGAAUGAUUACCGGUAGUAAUUGUUUUUGGGGUUUUUGAAAAUGUUCUGUAAUGUUCAUCAGUGUUCAAUUAGGCUAUAUGCAUUCAUUAAUUGCAUGUAAUUUUGUUAUAUUGUAUACAGUUAUUUCUAUUAUGGUAUUAUAAUUGGUCAUACUUACAGAUUAAUACAUAUUUUAUCGAUGAGUGUCCGCUUUAUGCAAAAUGGUAUUUCCA